AUGGACACAAACGGGCGACAAGGAAGUACUGAUCCAACAUAUGACAUAAAUUCUUUAGAUAUCAUUGAGAUUUUGGUAGCGAAUUCACUCAAUCUGAAUUCAGGUACACCGAAUGUGGAAAGAUUAGAGGUUGGUGGAACAAUGACAGGCAGUCGAUCAAGGAAUACUGCAACAGAAUCAUUGCGAAUGCAAAGAUUACACAAAAUGUUAGAUCUGACAAGAUUUGUGCAACAGCUGGAGGAGCUAUUAACUCAGCCGAUAAAGGUUCCAGGCACGUCAAUUUUACCUUACCCUGGUUCGCCUAUCAAAGCGCGCCACAACAUCGCCAGUAUGUUCUCGGUGCGAUCUCUGUGGGCAACAGACGAAGAGCGAAAAGCUGCUGUUAGUCAGCUGUACAAUUUUAAAACUUUGAGGAAACGAAAAUGGAUUCAAAAAAUUUUACUUGAGGAAUCGGACUCGGAUUCUGAUGGCGAAUUUCCAUUUACUCUGAAUGAUCUGCAUACUAUUUUGAAGUUGCAUCGUCGAAGGAGAAAACUACAGAAAACGUAUCACAUCAAUGUUCUCAAUUCUCAAUAUACUUAUUAUGGUGCUGGUUUACUAAGCAAUUACGAUCCAUUUCCAGAGCAUCAAGAUAGGAUAAAAGAAAAGUAUGGUCUUAAAUCUAAACAGAGCUGA